AUGUCAAAACUUUCAAACCAAACAAACUCACAAGAUCCCCAAGCUGUUAAUUCACGGGUUUUUGUCGGAAACUUAAAUACAUUUCAGUGUUCAAAAACAGACGUUGAACGGAUGUUUCAACGUUAUGGACGCUUGGCAGGAAUAUCAAUGCAUAAAGGAUACGCAUUUGUACAAUUCACAAAUCCAUUUGAUGCCAGAAAUGCGUGUCAUGGAGAAGACGGUCGAACAAUUCUCAGUCAAGUUUUAGGUGACUAUUACGCCUCGACACUGUUUCCCGCUGUUAAUCCCCAACCACGUGCAGUCAAAAGACAAAGACUUAUGACAUCUUCUCAAGCACGUUCAGCUGGAAUCAUCGCAAAUCCGCAAAAUCAAGUCGUCAUCCAAUCACCUCAACAAGCGCAACAACAGCAAAUUGUAGCUGCAAACAAAUUGACAUCGGCUGCAAAUAGCCUCCUGCAACUUCAACAACAGCAACAGCAACAACUUCUUCUAGCAAAUUCAGCACCCGUUGUUAGUCUUUGUAAUUCCGUUUCAUCUCCGAAUUUUGUAAACAUCAACAACAACAUCGAGAAUGCAAAUCAUCAGAAUACAUCACCAGGCCAAUUUAAAAUUUACAGCAACCCCGACAUUUUAAUUUGUGGCAAUUGUCGAGAGAUGUUUUCGGAAUUAAGUGAUUUAUUAGAUCAUAAGCGAUCUUAUUGCAAGCUGAGAUUUACAUGCAAGUGUCAGGAUCAACUACCAACGAUUAUAAAUAAAAAUUUAUAUCCAUCAUCAAAAUUACUUUGUGUUGUGUGCAAGGAUUCAUUCAGGAAUCCUUGGGAUUUGAUGGUGCAUGCCCAAGCAGCGCACAUGGUGAAUAUUUAUGAAAUCGGAGAAUCGGACGAAGAAGACGACUUGAAUGCAAACACUAAAAGUAAUAAAUUAGAUAAGACUAAUGGUGAAAGCCACAACAACAUAAAUGGAUCUUCCUGUAAUGGAACAGUCGUGCAUUCUAAUGAAAAUGAAAUCGAAGGAAAUAUUCAGAAUGAAGCAAGAGGAGAUAAACAGAGUAACCAUUCAUCAUCGGCCACAUCAUCACUCGCAAAUGAACUUUUACUCCUAGAAACCACCGAUAAUGAAUUGAUUAUCAACACUAAUGGGCUAGAUAAUGGCAUCAAUGAGAAGCUGAGUUCCGAUCUCUCGCCCAAUGAUAUCAUGAUGUCUUCCUCACGUAGCACAUCACCAUCAGAUAAAGAAAACGGAAUGGAUUCACCACCAAGGGCUUGUAUUAUGCGAGCAUUGACUAUUGAUACAAACACAAAUCCAAAUCGAACGGCCUUAGCACUGUCAUUAGCUAAUGCUAAUGGAGCUGCAAUGCCAACACAAUAAAGAUGUUGCCUCGAUUUUCAAAGCAGGUAAAAAAUGACAGAAAAUCAGUAUUUCUCGUUCGUUCCUCGACACUUUGAUUGGAUUAACGUGAAUCCGACAGUAAACUUGCGUUGAUCUUGAGUUGGUUGCUGACAUGUGUGUUUGAAAAAAAGAAUUUAAUCGAAGGAGCUUUCUCGAAAAACUUAAUCUUAAAUUAAACAAUUUCUCCUUCUCUUCUGUUAUUUUUCAUACUAAAUGAGCUUAAAAAUACUUUAGAGAAAUUUUCACACACAAAUUAUCAGUAAAAUAAAAUCAGAAAAAAAUGGCAAAAAGUUUUUUUGCUGUAUUUAUGUUAAGAAAUUAAUUAAAAAAUAUGUAAAUUGUACACCAACUUUCACUCGUAAAUCUAAUUUGUUUAUUUUACUGAUAAAUAAUUUAAACAAACACCACAAUCCAAAGAGUUUAGCUUAUUAUUUAUAAUAAAAAUAAAUGAAGUAUCAAAGUAAGUUACGUAAAUAGAAAUGGAAACGAGAGCAACUUCAACAACAUAUCAGAAACUAUUUUGAGUCAGUAGAUGUAUGUAGAUACCUGAAAUAUCAAUAGUUAAAGUGAGAAAUGUUCUUACUAUUGAUAUUCGAAACUUUUAUAACUAAUUAAGCAUCUAGUCUUGCUUGUUGAUCACUUCACUCAAUUCAUUAAAUCUUAAACCGCAAGCAACAAAUUUCAUUUUAAUUCUUCAUUUUUCCAAAUCAAAAUUUCAAAAAAAUUCACCUUAAAGUAAAUAUAUUGAUAAUGAUAAACACAAACAGCAUGAGAUGUGAAUUACGACCAAAAAAAUGAUUUCAAAACAUCAACAAAAAAUUAAGAACGAAAUUAUUAUUUUUAUAACGUUAAUGUCUUCCGGUCUUUGGCGUAUGUGCGUUAAAAAAUAAUUCAACAUUGCUUUCAUUCGCGAAUAUCUCUAACGAUUUAUGAAUGUACUUUAAUUAAAUUAUUCAUAAAAUAAUUAACACUCGCCGAAGUUCAAAAAGCAGACAUCAAUAUUUCUGGAUUAUGUCGGCUUGAAAUAAAUUGCAAGAAGAAAGCAUUGAAAAUUUUUAUUAAAUAAGUAUUUGGUAUUCAACACUUGUUUGAAGUAUUAACGGCUCUCUAACUUCAUAUCUAUCGCUUCCGCUACUUCGUUUACUAUUUGCACCUAAUAAUUACUUAACUUGUUUCCUGUUUCGAAAUUCGAGUUAGGCAAAUAUCAUAUUAAAGCAGGCAUGAUAAUUUCCGCUGUAGAUAUUAUUUAAGUCUAAGUUUAAAAUAAAAUGUUGUAAUGAUCAGAGAACGAAGUGCAGAUGCUCAAGUCAGUCAUUUGAGAUCUAAUUUGUGAAACAAAAAUCAAUCACUGACUUAAGUCAAUUCUUCACUCAAUUCUCAAGUUAUUGUUAGAUAGUUUCAAGUUGAAAACUUAUUUCUGAUUAAAUAAAAUAAAUUCAUUUAUUAAAUUUAUAAAUAUUUGUAAAAUUUAAAAUAAAUUAAAAAGAAAGAAAAAUGAAAAUUAUCUAACAAAAGAAAGAAAGAAAAAAAUCAAUAAAAGAAAAGUUUUGUUUAAAAAUAUU